AGUACAAUUACUACUAAACCUACGAAUACGAAGAUGGAAAACGCUGAUGAACCCUUCUGCCCAGUCGUGAAGGCACUCUCCAAUCAUUUAAUAGUCCAUGAGAUUUUCAAGUGCCUACUUCAUGACGACCAACUUCCUGUCUCGACACGACUCGUGUGUCGACUAUGGGACGAAAUCUUCACCUCAAUGCAAACUCUGAAUUUGCGUCUCCGUGUCGAACCAACCUGGGAAUACGACAAUUUAUGCAACGCCACACCUUUUCUCGUCAUGUGCAUAAAUAUGAACCCGAGAUUGGCCAAAUCAGUCAUUCUGAACCAAGACGAGUUCACCCAAUGGAAAAACGAAAUGGUCUUCACCUCCACAAUGGUUUCCUUCUUUGACAAAUUUGGUGGUAACGUGCAACACCUGGAAGUACGGAUGGAAGCGUCACUUACCCCAUUGUUGCAUCAGAUGCUGUCCACUUUCUGCCCUAAUUUGAAGACGAUGAUAUUCGACACAAUCAGUGAAGUCCAAGCUGAAGACGCUCCACUUGAAAACGCCAUCUUGCCAGCACUCCCUCCGUUCACACAUCUUGUCGAAUUCGCCGUUAAGGCCGAGUAUGGAGCCGUUCCUAUCAAAUUUCAAACCCUCGCCCAGUUGGUCAUCAACUCAGCCACAAGGUUGACCAAGUUCGAGACCGUGCCCAGUUUUUACCCGGAUUUGAGCACUGUUGAACAUCUCAAAAGUCUAAAAAUCUACGCCAGCCUGAAACAAUUUGUGCGUAAAGUGUCUGCCUCGGAUUUCCAACAACUCACCAGAAUGUUGACCCAAGUUUCGGGAACAGUGGAAAGUGUCUUUGUAGAAGGGAUGUACACAUCUUUGGGGGAGCCACCAGUUGAAGUUAAGACUUCAAAACUCAACCGUGCCAAAGAACUAGCAGCCGCCAACUUCAAAAUGCCCCCGAUGCCAAAACUGACCAGAUUGGAGAAUGACUUUACUGAGGUUUUGAGUUUUGGAUACGCGCUUGAAGACAUCGGAUCGGACGUGAUGCCCAACUUGGCGACGCUGUGGCUGAGCAAAGAGCAUUUCAAGAGUCAAAGUGUGGAUGGUAUACUUCAAACAAUGGCGUUGAAUGGUCCUUUCGUGCCUUUCCGGAACCUUAAACAGCUGACCAUUGCGAAUCUUCAUCAGUCGGAACUUCUUCGCGUAAUAAGCGUAAAACACUUCCCAGCGCUGGAGAAGUUAAAGAUUACACGACAAUUGGAACUUGCUCCGAUGUCUUUGCUAAAUAUUAUCAGCGCCUGUGCUCCUCUCCAAUUGAAACAUCUUCAGUUACACUAUUUACGCUUUCCACCGACACUGGGGGACCUUUGGGAAUGUUUCUCCUCCAAUUUGGCAUUGUUUAAAACCCUCCAAACUUUGGAAAUUAAGUGGGGCAACUACGAAAGUGACACUGCAAUGGAGGACGACUUGGAUGGCGAUGACUUGAUCAUGGUGAAAGAAGUUCUUAAAGAAAUGACUGGAAUGGAAAGCGUGGAAAUACAAAAUGUCAAGCUUCAUGGGAAGACUGCACAAGAAAUCGUCACGUUCAUUGUGGAGAAUGAGAUUCCAGUCAAAUUUAUUUGAAACUUUAUUUACAAAAGGAAUCAGUAUCAGUAUUAUGUAAUUGGCAUGCGCAAAUCCGAAUCAAUGUAUUAAAUAUCUUAAAUAUGAACUCUUUGAAUCUGAAAUAAAACUUAUUCAUGAUAAGAAUA